CCCACCCACGCUCCGCUCGCCUUUAAACUUUUUUUUUUCUGGAAAGAAACGGCAGCCGGUGGACGGUGGUCGUCGUCUUAAAACCGAGCCCCGCCACUCUGUCGCCCACCGCGCCUCCACUCCUCCUCUGCAAUUAUAGCCAGGCCACUCCUCCUUCCCCAGCCCAACGUCUCUCUCUCUCUCUCCCUACCUCGCGUGCCCGGCGUGCGUCCAGAGAACCAGCCAUGGCGACAAUGCCGCCGGACCAACAACGCGCCGCCAUGUCCGAGCCCCUGCUCCCCUGGCCGGCCUCCCUCCCCUCCUCCGCCUCCUCCUCCUUCUCGGCGUCGGCGUCCUCCCACUCCUUCUCGGCGUCCUCCUCCCCGGCCGACGCGGCGCCGGCGCGCGGAGAGCCGUCGGCGGCGUGGAAGGCGCUGGCCGUGCUGCGGGACGCGCACAGCCCGGGCGCCGGCUCCGUGUCCUGCCUCUCGCUCUGCGGCGAGUUCCUGCUCAGCGCCUCCACGGGCGCCGACAUCGUGGCCUGGCAGCAGCCGGACCUCCGCCUCUUCGCGCGCUUCGGGCAUGGUGGCGAGGGCGCCGUCAAGGCGCUGGCGGCGGCCGGCGGGCGGGUGUUCUCCGCGCACCAGGACGGCCGCGUGCGCGUCUGGCGCGUGUCGCGCCGCUCCGAGAACGCGUUCAAGCUCGUCGCCGCGCUGCCCACCACCAGGGACUACCUGGGCCGGGUGUUCCGCCAGGCCAGCUACGUGCAGGCCGGGCCCCGCCGCGGCCGGCGCGGCGGGCGUCGGCUCUGGAUCGAGCACGCCGACAGCAUCUCCUGCCUCGCCGUCGCCGCGCAGGACGGCGUCGUGUACUCCGGAUCAUGGGACCGGACGCUCAAGGUGUGGCGCAUGUCCGACCUCCGGUGCCUCGAGUCCGUGCGCGCCCACGACGACGCCAUCAACGCCGUCGCCGCCGACUGCGGCGUCGUGUACUCGGCUUCCGCCGACGGCCGCGUCAAGGCGUGGGAGAGGGGCAAGGCCGGCGCCGGCGCGCACACCCUCCUGGCCGUCCUCGUCGCCCGUGACGGCGUGUCCUGGAACGCCGUCGCGGCGAGCGGCGACGCUGGGGCCGCGGGGCGGCGCGUGUAUGCGGCUGGCUCGGACGGGCACGUCCUUGCCUGGCACCGGCACGGCACGCGGUGGAGCCUCGCGUGCGACGUGAAGGCACACGCCAUGGCCGUGUUGUGCAUGUGCAUGGCCGGCGACCUGGUGUGCACCGGCUCCGCGGACAAGACCAUCGGCUUAUGGCGCCGGCAGCCAUGCGGCGGCCUCGCCAAGGUGGGCGCCGUCGGAGGCCACGAGGGCCCUGUGAAAUGCAUCCAGGCCUCCCUGUGCAGGGCCAGCAAUGGCUACAUGGUGUACAGCGGCGGGUUGGACAAGAGCAUCAGAGUCUGGUGGGUGCCGAAUGGUGCCAACGGCGAUGAGCGGCCGCGAGAAACGAAUGGUGCCAUCAGAGUCCCUGCGUGUUCUUGAGGUGAAGCGUGUGAUUUGUCCGGCUUGCCUAGAAGAGUGUACAUUUUUUUCGAGAGGAUUCUUGGGUCUGUAAAAUUUACCAGAGGAAGGGUGUUGUUCAGAUUGUUUUGGGUUUGGUUUUCUAGAUUUAAAUUUUUAAGGGACACACAAACUAGUCAUAGGUUGUUGGGUGUAAAAUAGUUGUAGACUGUAAAGUAUACUUUGUUUUCUAUAUAGGUUUUCUUAAUGGAAAAAGUAUGUUUUGGUC